AUGUUGGCCCCGCCGUCGUCGCCCAAGCAUAAGCCGUGCCUGCCCGCAAGCGGUAGGGCAACGUGGUCGUGCAGGGCGGGAAUCCGGCUGCACCUGCCGCGAUGGCCCGCGCUCUGGGCGCCAACGCGGUAGCGUGAUCCCGGCCGGCGGCGGAGAAGGUCGCCAAGGCCGCGGGCGUAAAGCGGAGGAAGGUUCCGGCUUCAAAGAAGCCACCUUCUCCAUCCUCUCACUCCACCCCCUCCCCCCCCCGCAAGGAGGUGCUUCGGCGAUGCCGUUCAACAGUGCCACUCCCCCCGCGAGCGAGGUGUUCGACGAAAUGGCCGGAAGCGGUGGUUCGAACAAUGCAACAACCGAGUUCGUGAACUUGUUGGACACGAACACGGUUGACAUUGAUCAAGCCCCUUUCGAGCCGUUCGACUACAAUGAAACGGAGGGCGGCGUGGAUGAUCAUUGUUGUGCGGACGGAUUGGAGGAGAUCGAAGCGGAAGCGUAUGAGCAAUUGCAAGAAAAAUCUGGGAAAAGCCAAAGAUCGAAGAACUACACGAUCUUGGAAAGAUCAAGCUUUGAUUCAAGCAUGGAGUGCGGUGUCUCUUGAUGCAUGCACGGGCAUUUCUCAAACUUCCAAGAGAUAUUGGCAAAGAAUCGAAGAUCAAUACUUCCGCAUUAUGGCAAAGCAUCCCAAUAGGACUCCACGCACAUUUCGGUCGCUUCAAGGGCGUUGGGAGAACAUCAAGCCUAUGUGCAGCUUGCUUGGAGCAAGUACGCAAUGCACCUUCAAGUGGCACCGUGGAGUCCGACUAUGUGAGUUUGUUUUGCUUUUGUUCAAAUUGUGCAUCAUCAUAUUGCAUCAUGGGAAAUGAUUGGAUCACUUUGUUCACAUUGUGUAGGACAAGAUUGCUCAACAUAGAUACAAGGACAUGGAAGCUUCGGAAGGCAGAUUUUUCAAACUAGAGCAUUGUUGGGAGUUGCUCCAAAAGUGCGAGAAGUGGAAGUUGAUCGAUAAAGAAUCCCCACCAAAGAGAGGCUCACUUACAAACAUGGAUGAAGAUGAGGAUGAUGAUGGCCCAAGAAAUUUGCACAAGCCCGAUGGCGACAAAAAGACUAAGGAGAAGAUCAAGAGAGAGUAAGAAGCAUCGAGCUUGAGGGAGAAGAUUGACGCCAUGGUGCAAUCCAACGAGUCGAUGUUGUUGAAGUCGUUGGAGAUCAAGAAAGAAUUGGCCGAGAAGAAGGCGAAGGAGAAGCAAGAAGAGUGGCAAUUGCUUAAGGAAGAGGGGCUGCGCAAAGCUGCCAUCGAGGAGAGAAGAGCACGCGCCGCUGAAAACAAAUUCAUGUCCAUGUUGCUCGCCGAAGAGAACAAGAUCAUGUCAAUGAACCGCAAUGACAUGGACGACCUCAC